AUGGCUCGGCGAGGAGGCCUCUUCUUCGGGCUCCUCCCGUUCUUUUUCUUGGCACCCUUCGCUCCAUCCCCCGCCGGAGCGGCGGUCAAGAGAUAUCAGUUUGACGUCGGUAUCUUGGGGCCCGGCUGGGUCUCGUCCCUCACUUCCGUUUCUCCUCCGUUUUUCUGUUCGUGCGCCUUCUGACGCCCUAAAAAGCUUCUCUUCUCGUCGGGUGCAGAUCGUGGUGAGGAAUGUGAGCCGACUGUGCCACGCCAAGCCCAUCGUCACUGUGAACGGCAGGUUCCCGGGGCCGACCAUCUACGCUCGGGAAGGCGACCGGGUGAUCAUCAACGUCACCAACCACGGCCAGGUCAACAUGUCCAUCCACUGGUAAGCUCGCGCCGAUAAUAGAGGCUCCUCCUUCAUCCCUUCCUCCCCUCAUCCCCCGCAUAGUGACGGCUAGGGAAUGCUGUGGCUGUGGUGUUGUCACAGGCACGGGCUGAAGCAGUUCAGAAGCGGGUGGGCGGACGGGCCGGCCUACAUCACGCAGUGCCCGAUCAUGCCCGGCCUGAGCUAUGUCUACGACUUCAACGUGACCGGGCAGAGGGGAACGCUGUGGUGGCACGCCCACAUCUUCUGGCUUCGAGCCACCGUCUACGGAGCCUUCGUCAUCAUGCCCAAGCAGGGGGACGUGUACCCCUUCCUCCAACCCGACCAGGAGGCCAACAUCGUGCUGGGUGGGCAGCGGAGGAAGAUGAAUGGCGGUUUUCCUUUUUAACAGUCGUCGCCAUCGUUUGUUUAUUAUGGGUUUGUUGUGCCGGCGCUGGUACAGGAGAAUGGUGGAAUGCCGACGUUGAAGCGGUGGAGAUGCAGGGGAAACAGCUGGGGCUGCCGCCGAACAUGUCCGACGCCCACACCAUCAACGGAAAGCCGGGGCCGCUCUUCCCCUGCUCCGAGAAGCGUGAGUAGUAAAGAGAAGAGGCCUCACCUUCUUCCCCCCUUCGUCCUUCCCUUCAUCGAAUAGAGAGCGACAGCCCGGCGGCGAUGCCGAACGAUCUCCCCUUUUGCUGAUGAGCAGACACCUACGCCAUGGAGGUGGAGAGGGGGAAGACCUACCUGCUGAGGAUUGUCAACGCUGCACUCAACGACGAGCUGUUCUUCGCCAUCGCCGGCCACUCCAUGACGGUCGUCGAGAUAGACGCAGUCUACUGCAAGCCCUUCUCCACUGACGCCAUCCUCAUCGCGCCCGGCCAGACGACGAACGUCCUCAUCAGGGCUGACCGGACCCCCGGCCGCUACUUCAUGGCCGCCAGGCCCUUCAUGGACGCUCCCAUCACCGUCGACAACAAGACGGCGGCGGCCAUUCUCCAGUACCGCGGGGUGCCCACCACCGUGCUGCCUUCUCUGCCCAGCCUGCCAGCGCCCAACGACAGCGCCUUCGCCACCGGUUACAACGACAAGCUCAGGAGCCUCAACAGCCCCCGGUUCCCGGCGAGGGUGCCCCUUGCCGUCGACCGCCGCCUGUUCUACACCAUCGGCCUGGGGGUGAACCUCUGCGCCACCUGCGUGAACGGGACCCGGCUAGCGGCGUCACUCAACAACAUCACCUUCGUCAUGCCCAAGGUGGGGCUCCUGCAGGCACACUACUUCAACAUGAAGGGGGUCUUCAGGACGGACUUCCCCGACAGGCCCCCGAAGCCUUUCAACUACACCGGCGCGCCGCUGACGGCCAACCUCGGCACGUCGCUGGGUACCCGGCUCAGCCGCCUCGCCUUCAACUCCACCGUCGAGCUGGUCCUGCAGGACACCAAUCUCAUCACCGUCGAGUCCCAUCCCUUCCAUCUCCACGGCUUCAACUUCUUCGUCGUCGGCCGGGGGGUCGGCAACUUUGACCCCGCCAAGGACACGGCCAAGUUCAACCUCGUCGACCCUCCCGAAAGGAACACCGUCGGCGUCCCCACCGGCGGAUGGGCCACCAUCCGCUUCCGCGCCGACAACCCUGGUGAGCGUUCUCAGAUAGAGAGGGAGAGAAAGAGAGUCUUUGCUGACGCAUUGUUCCUUUCCUUCUUUCGCUGGUUUUCAGGGGUCUGGUUCAUGCACUGCCACCUCGAGCUCCACACGACGUGGGGGUUGAAGAUGGCCUUCGUCGUGGAGAACGGGAGCGGUCCGGAGCAGUCGAUCCUGCCUCCGCCAAAGGACCUCCCGACCUGCUGA